UUACAUUGCACUAACAAUUCCAGCCCAGGUUUGAGGUUAUGGUGGGAUAUUAAAGAGUAGCCUAUUUUCUUUGUUCGUCUAAUAUCGAAAUUGAAACAUUUUAAAAUCAUUAUCAGAAUGAAUGAGCUAGAUGUUAAUUUAGAGAUUCAGAAACGUAAAAGGAAAAAGGGUGUUCUCAAUAAAUCCGAGUACAAGGCCGAAAUAAUUAAAAAAGCCAGAGUUUCAGGAAGCUCAUACAUAAGUUGGACUGGAAAAGAAGUACCAGAAAUAACUCCAGGAGAAGAUUGCAAGUGUCGGCGGAAGUGCUUCACAAAAGUGGCAGAUGAAGAACGGAAACGGAUAUUUGAGACCUUUAGAAGUUUGGGGUCUAAAAAUGAGCAAGACAACUAUCUACAAUCUUUGAUUGCAGCAACUGAAGUUAAACAGAAACGGCGGAGGAAAUCAAGUGAAAUAUCACGUAAGCCAGAUAGAGGAAAUACAUUCAUUUACGAAGUAUCAACACCAUCUGGGAAGCAGCAGGUAUGCAAACUUGCAUUCUCUAAUAUACAUGGAAUAAGUAGUGACCGCAUCAGGAGAUUGACAAAACUACUAACAGAGGGUAAAAAUCCUCAGGAUAUGAGAGGCAAAAGUGUCCCGGGCAAUGCAAAAACCAACUAA